GCUAAGCCUUCGUCCCGCCCGCGCGCAUUGCAUGCUGGGUGAAACGGAAGUAGUGGUGCACGUUGACAUUGCAGAGCGUCCGAUCCUCUCAUAAGAGACACAGAAAGCACUGGUGUUUGUCAUGGGUGCAUCCGUAUCCAGUCUUGCCCCCAAUAUCCGGGCAGAGUCUGCAAUGUCAGCGGCUCAUUUUGGUGGGGCGACCCCACCCCCUGGGUGUCCCAUGCAUCAAGAGAUCCCUAAAAGCUCUCCUCCUCCUGAGUGCCCGAUGCAUCAGGCUCAGACGACUCCGGCCAGCCCAGCACACCAGGAAAGAGCGUACGAGUUUGUUGAAUGUCCCAUGAGAGCUUCUGAAGGAGCCGUCGAUCCCACAAAUAUGAUGCCCCCUCCAAACCAGUUGCCCGCCCCGGACCAGCCAUUCCCUUUGUCCAUCAAAAGAGAGGAGUCUAAAAUCCCUCGAUCAGGCGCAGACCAGAACUGGGUCUAUCCUUCUGAACAGAUGUUCUGGAAUGCCAUGCUGCGGAAGGGGUGGCGCUGGAAGGAUGACAGUCUUGAACCCAAAGACAUGUCUAAUAUAAUCCAGAUCCACAAUCGUAACAAUGAUCAAGCCUGGCAGGAGAUCCUGAAGUGGGAAGCCCUUCAUGCCAGCGAGUGUCCAUGCGGUCCAUCUCUGAAGAGAUUCGGGGGCAAAGCCAAAGAGUUUUCUCCCAGAGCCAGAAUACGUCACUGGAUGGGAUAUGAAUUGCCGUUCGACCGACACGAUUGGAUCGUAGAUCGGUGCGGAAAGGAAGUCCGCUAUGUCAUUGACUACUACGACGGGGACCUCGAUAAAGACACCUUCCAGUUCUCCAUCCUGGACGUGCGUCCGGCCAUCGAUUCAAUGGGGGCCGUCUGGGAUCGGAUGAAGGUGGCCUGGUGGCGCUGGACGUCGUAGAAACACAGUUUUAUCAUUUCUGCACCACUAUAAGACUUUGGUACCAAAAUACUAGAAACUGUGUUCUACGUUCUCUGAGAUUGGUUGUUGCUCAACUUCUUCGAGUUCUGACUUUAACAUGAAUCCUCGCAAGUAACUGCACAGCGAGAAACAUACAGGUUGGAGAGCGAAAUAAAUCAGUGUUUUUUUUUUCUGCUCAUAAAGUUUCUGAAUUCAUUGCUGACAAUCAUCUCUUUUUUACUCUUUGAGUGAUGGUUAUUCAAUUGAAAGCUAGCUAUCUGAACUUACCCAGAGGUUAAACAUAUCUGCUGGUUGUUUUUCUCUUUCAAAGGCUAGUUGUUGAGUGUAUUAGUUCAUAUGCAGAGCGAUUGGCAGCUGUGAGCGUUUGUAGCUUCGCGAAACGGUUUGCUCAUGAAUUGAUCUGAUGAAUCAUAUACAAUUGUGUUUCAACUCUUCCAUAUUCAUCCUGUGGUCAGGUUCAAUUUUAAAAUGAUGUUAUUUAUUUUGUGCAAACUGCUUUUUUGUCUGUGUGUAUGCUAAUGUAUUGCUGACUGUGCUCUUCGAGUGAGUGUUCCUGACAAAAGAAAAUCUCUAAAUGCAAUUUGUAACCCAUUUUUGUUGUUUUAAAUCUGACCUUUACCAAAUUAAAACUCCAAGUAAACACG